AUGGAUGAACUUGAAGAUUUUUUUGGUAAUGAAGAGUUUGACAGAGAAGCAAGUCCUUUCGGAGAAGAAGCUGAAGAAGUUAAUGAAGGACCAUCGGAUGAAAAGAAACUCAAUGAUUUAUUCGAAAAAGGCAUUCGAAAGCCGAAAAGAAUUAUGAAUCCUCGAAUAACAUUCAAUGAGAAUAUUUUGAGCGGGCCGCGCGGAAUUCAAUCGUUAAAAGAAACAUUCAAAGAUUUCAAGCCAAACCCAAAAGGAAAUCCGUACGAAAACUUAAAAAUUAUGAUGAAAAAGUACGCUCAUUGGGGUCACUUGAUGUUUCCGAAAGCGAAAUUUGAAGAUCUGAUUAAUCGUUGCGAGACUCUUGGUCCAAAACGUCAAGUCAAGGUUUAUAUGGCAAAAUCACGGUUAGGCAUGCCGUUAACCGACGAAGAUUUUCUACCAAAAACAUCGAAAAGGAAAGGAAAAAAUGAUGAAAUCAUUGACGACGGAGCUGACGACGAAAUUCCAGAAGAAGGACCUGAUAGAAGUGCAGAAAACUCGCCGAUUCGAGAAAUUCGGAAGACGUCUCCCAUUAAAGAAAAUCCUCCAAUCGAUGAGAAUGAAGCUUACGAAUUAUUUGAAGAAGCCGCCGAAAAACAAUUAGAAGAAGAGCAAGACAAACUAGCUGAAAUGGAAGAUGACAUAUUGGCCGAUUUCGAAAUGAACAAUGAUUGGUGA